AUGACGCAUCAUCUUCAAAAUUUAGUUAGCGGAUUCUUAUCUGUCCCAAGAAAUUUUCGACAAGAGCAAGAUCAACGUGGAAAUUUCUUUGGAUUUUCCCCCUUUGACACCAGCCAACUAAGACAAGCUCAAAUUUUGAGUGACAAUUAUUUUCGUAUCUCAAGAGAAAAUGCCUCAAACGAUCCUGUAGCAAAAGUAAUGGAACAAGCCCAGUUAGAUGCUCAGCAAUACGAUCCUGAGUUAGUCCGUUAUGCUCUUAUGGUUUGGAUUGCCCAUGAUCCUGAAGCUCGUAGAAGAAACCUUAAAAUUCCACCAUUAGGUCAACGUGCUCCUCAUAUUUCCGUACCUAAACAAACAAAUGCCGCUGCUGGCGCUCCAACGCCUACAACAGCUGAUCCUCCGUUAACCAAUCUGGAUUGGUGGAGAGAAGAUCCCCAAUUAAGCGAACAUCAUGAGCAUUGGCAUAUAGUGUUUCCUGCCUUUCCAGUUAAUGGUGUAAGUAAGGAUCGUGAAGGUGAAAACUUUGCAUUUAUGCACAGACAGAUGUUGGCCAGAUAUGAUGCUGAACGCGUUGCCGUCGGUCUUCAACCAGUUAAACCACUUUCCGACUUUUCGGAACAUAUCCCUGAAGCUUAUAACCCAGAUUCUGAUUUAACUUACGAUCCUGAUGGCAAUCCAAGCACUACUAAUUUUCAUUUCAUGGCUCGUUCCACUGGAAAAGAACUUACAGAUUUGGCUGGUAAUAAUGCACCGAAGGUUUCUACCUUGUUACAAUAUAGACAACAACUAUUGGAUGGCAUCGAAGGAAAAGGGGAAACAAAUUUUGGUCAAGAUGACAAAUCAGCCACUACACUUGGAAACGUUCUCGAGACAACAUUACAUAAUACUGGGCAUAAUACUCCACCUGGUGUCAUGAUUGACCCACGAACCGCUGCUCGAGACCCUGUAUUUUGGAGAUGGCAUCGUCACGUUGAUGAUGUGUUCUCUACAUGGCAAAAUAAACAAGCCCCCUAUGAUUUCUCUGAUGCACCACCUGUUGUUAUCAAAAGUAAUGACAUAAUUUUAGCUUGGAAAGACAAAUUACUUGAAGCGGAUCGAUGGGAAGAGUUGAUGAAAUUUAGCUAA